UGGCCGCCGCGCGCCCGUCCAACCAGCUCGCGGCUCGGGCCGCCUCAAAACCAGCGAAAAAAAGACAAGCCCGGCCGUCGCCCAUCGGCAGGACGCUCGGCCAUCGACACGAUCCCCGUUCCCUCUUCCCGCUCCACGCCAUCAUGUUCUUCCGUGCCCUCGCUCGCAGCGCCCGCCCCCUGGCCGCCCGUGUCGCCCCCUUCGCUCGUGGAUAUGCCAGCGAUGCCACCCCUGCUGCUGGCAAGCUUCUGGUCAACUUUGUUGUGCCCCACCAGUCUAUCCUGAAGAACUUCACCGCCACCCAGGUCAACUUGGUGUCGGCCGAUGGUGAUAUGGGUAUCCUGGCCGAUCACGUCCCCACCAUCGCUCAGCUUGCCCCUGGUGUCAUCGAGGUCUUUGGCGCCGACAAGCCGCAAAAGUUCUUUGUCAGCGGAGGAUUUGCCAUCAUCAACCCCGACUCCACCCUGAACAUUAACGCCGUCGAGGCCUACACUCUGGAGGAUGUUGAUUUUGAGUCCGCCCGCCGUGCUCUCGAUGAGUCCAACCGCAAGGCUAGCUCCACCACCCUGUCCGAGACUGACAAGGCCGAGGCCAAGAUCGAGAUUGAGGUUCUGGAGGCCCUUGUUGCUGCUGCCCAGCACAAGUAAAUGUGAUAUGGAUAAUGCUUCAUCAAUAGGCGGUCACCCGAUGCUUCCUCGCCAACAGGAGACGAUCGAUUCCCCACUUGCGUAAUAUACAGCUCAUUAUUGAAAA